GGAGCCCAGAGCGCGCGCCAGCGCGGACCGCCAUGCAUUUUGCCGCGUGCGAGGCGCACGAAAACGGCACCUAAAAAAAGAAAGAAAAAAUAGCACAAUCGCUCGAGCUCUCUGCGGGACUUUUAUUUUUGUUCCCCACGUUUUAACAAACCACCGUCAACAAAAAAACUACCAAAACUUUUUCUUCUUUAUAUGUAGCCUCGGCUGAACAAUUCGGGUUAUUUGUAUGUUUUUUUCGUGAUUUGCCGCCACUGUUAUGAGGCGAGAAUGAGCCUUUCUCAGGACAGCGGGACCAAGUGCACGGCCGCCCCCCUCUCCAGCUUCACCAUCCAGUCCAUCUUGGGCACGGCGAGCGAAGGGAAGGAGCAGAGCCCCGCGGGAGCCGCCAGGAAGCGCGCGCUGUCCGUGUCCUCCGAAGAGGAGUGCAGCGGGGCUGAAGACUCGGGGGAUUGCUGCUGCUCUGAGCCCGGGCUGCCUGAACCCUGCGGCCGCCACCAGCCCAUCAACUUCUCCUGUCUGGGUCCCCCCAAAUCCCUUCUCCAGUCCCAGGUCGGCUUGGAGCGUCCCGCGCGCCUGCCUCCAUCCCUGCUGUCGGCCGCAUCUGCGGAGUACAAGGAGGAGCACGAGGACGAAGAGGAGGAGGAGCGCGACAGCGCGGUGUGCGAUGAGCGGCGGCGCGAAGGCGGCGUCGGCGGCGCGGACAAGGCGAGUGCCGCCGCCAAGAAAAAGACGCGCACGGUGUUCUCGCGCAGCCAAGUGUACCAGCUCGAGUCCACGUUCGACGUCAAGCGCUACCUGAGCAGCUCGGAGCGCGCGUGCCUCGCCUCGAGCCUGCAGCUUACCGAGACGCAAGUCAAGACGUGGUUCCAGAACCGCAGGAACAAGUGGAAGCGGCAGCUCUCCGCCGAACUGGAGGCGGCCAAUAUGGCGCACGCCUCGGCGCAGACUCUGGUGGGCAUGCCGCUCGUGCUCCGCGAGAACGGGCUGCUGCGCGUGCCCGUGCCGCGCUCCAUCGCCUUCCCUACGCCCUUGUACUACCCGGGGAGCAACCUGCCCGCCCUGCCCUUAUACAAUCUUUAUAACAAGAUCGAGUACUGACUGAACAGCAGCAGAGGACGACCCACGAGAAAACACUGCUUCUUCUUCUUCUUCUUCUUCUUAUUAUUAUUAUUAUUAUUAUUGUCAUCAUUAUUAUUAUUACUGUUAUUAUAAAGGGGGCACAAAAAUGUCCUAUAAUGCACUGAAUUGACUUGAUUCAAAUGUGUACAUCAGCUCCACGUGAAUAAAACAUCAGCCUAUUUGCGCGUAAAGCUGCAUUAUGACAGUGCAAAUCCGUUUAUAAACUGGCCUGGGAUGAAUUGUUGAUGUCUUAAGUUUAAAUAACGUGCACACUGUGCACGCAUUUCUAUCAGUUAUAUUCAUUGCGUUUUUUUUCACAUCACGUUUGGCACAAUCCAUCCAUUUAUCUCUCUGUUAAAGCGAGCACCCAUCAUACACGCCUCUUAAUACGCCGCGAUUAAACCAUGUAACCAUGUAUCCCGGCGAUAAAUCCACAGAUGUGUAAAUGCAUCUGCUGUGUCAAGAGCGUGUCGUCAUUCAUAGCCUAUAAGAAAGAAAAAAAACAUAAAACUUUAAGUAUGUUUAAACUCAGUCCCUCUAUUUAUACCUCUUUAUUUGGUUGAAAACUAGAUAAAAAAAUACAUUUCCUAAUUAUGCAGCAUACACGAACCUUUGUGUAAAUAAGGGAAAGCAAAUGAGCUUCUGUACAUGUCGUAUAAAAAUACACCGUGUGUAUAAGGAUUAUUUUGUACGUUUAUUUACAUUUUGUCCCUUGGUUAUAUUAUAGUUUUUUUCGAUUUCGCGUGAAUGUGAAUGGAAAAAGGGGAAACGGUUAAUAAAGUUUCAUAACGUUACACGUGUGGCUUUGAAUGAGAAGUUUAUAGUCAGAAGUAAAAAAAAAAAUGGUUACAAGGGUAAGCAAAGGAUUUUGAAAAUUAUUU